AUGUCCAUUGUAGCGGUAGCGAUCGAAAACACUCCUGAGCAUAUUCGACGAGCUCGUCGCACCGUUCCUGUGCCCAAAGAAUCACCGAAAGAAGAAUGCCCUCGUCUGGUUUUGGCACCAUUUUCUCGGCCUCCCCAAGUUGUAUUUGAUAAUGUCCUUGUUGGUUCAACUUGUGAAAGAACUUUGGAAAUAUUCAACCCUUCUAAGAACAUCCAACAGAUAACUCUUGGGAAGUCGCUACCUCUUGGUUUGGAUAUCCAGCUACCAUCAGAAUGGAUACUUUUAGAGCCUGAAACCUGUUACUGUGUUACUAUGUCAUGGACCCCUACACAGCCCACUGCCACAAGAGAAACUGUACGUUUUACGAAUGAAAAUAGAGGCAGAUAUGAUGUCAUUGUGGUUUUAAAAUCUGUUUUGAGUAUUAAAGGGAGAAGUACCCUAACCAAAGGUUUUAAAAUAUCUCCUGGUAAAGUAAAGAAAAAAGUUGGUAAGAAGUCUCCUGUGUCAAUAUACAAGAAGAAAUGUGAAAUUAUAUACAAUACUACACAGAUUAAGAAGACCUACACUGAAAUUCAAUCUAAGCAGAGAUUCUCUCAAGUGUACAACAAAGAGAAUAUGAGUAUUAAUGACAAUACUUUCGAUUCGCGACCUGACAAAUGCCCAUUUGAUUCACCAUCUAGUAUUGACUUUCAUUUUGAUACAUCUGAAGUUUUUUCAAACUUAAGAAAGCCUGAUCUAUUACAACAAACUUAUGACAAGUCCAUUACAACUAACAACUUAUUAAAUGUUCCACACAACAUACUCAAGCCAUCAAACAAACAAACAUGUGAUGUUUCAGCCACAGAAAUAUUUGAUAAUCUAACUUUUACUCCUUUAAAAACUAAGACAGAAAAAACGGAAAAGUUAGAUAAGGGCCCUAGAAUAAUACUGAGUAUGAACUCGGAAAGUGAGCUUGAUGACAGUUUAGAUAUAAAAAAUACAGAUGAAAAAGAAAAUCAAACUCAUUCCAUCAUUAGUAUAACAUCAUUUCAGCCACCAAAUAAGUGGUUAACAGUAAAUCACCAUACACAAUACGAAAGUCACGUAGAAACUCCCAAUGUAGUUCCUAAGAAACAACCGAAUACAUCAUCGCCUAAGGAACUUAACAGUCCUAACUUCUCUAUCAACACAGAAUUCUCUCGUAUAAGUGAUCUAUCAUUUUUUCCUCAAAGAUUCUCCACAGAAAGGAAAUAUUUUCCAAAAUUAAACAAUGAAACGCACGAACUGUUAGAUGAUCCUAUUAAACUGAGUUCCGAUACUUAUACAAAAGACUCUCCAAACACACCAAUGGAACCAAACUUUAAUAUUGCACAUGAAACAAGACCUCCACACUUCUUUAUGAAAGAUCAACCGAAAAUGUGUAGACAGGCCCUCUUUAGAGAAUACCAGUAUCAAAGGGAGGCUUUUGAUCAAAAGAGCUUACUCAGUCCAUAUGAGCAUCAUGUUUGGCAAAGUGACUUUCGAGUAGAUGCUAGGUCACCGCCGAGAUCAAUAACACCCCCUCUACAAUCGAUCCCUGAGGAGAGUGCACAAUUUUCUGACAUUCAAGUUUUGGACAAAACUGAUAGGCAUAGAAACACAUUCACGAUAAAUCGUACUUUUGAUAAGUCAACUGAUCAUUUCACCGCGACACAUAGUAAUAGUAGACAGUCAUGGUCUAAGAAAGCCGUUAGGGCUGAACCGGACCUUUGGAAAAUACCCAUCACUCAUGUUAAGAAAUCGGUGAAGAACAAACCGACGACAAAAAAUAAAGAUUGUAGUGAUGGUCAGACAUCAAAUACUACAUUCGAAGCUAAUAAGAGCAACAUACAAAAUAUGACGGUAAAUAAAAUUGGAAAUGUUUACUCUCAAUCUUCAACUGUGGAUCCAUUUGUGUCUUCUACAUACUUUUAUGAUGAAGAAGCUGUAGAGAAAUUUGAAUCCGAAUUUAAAAGAUGGUUGAACUGCAUACUGACACCACCAGCCGACCUAGACAGCAACAUAGAACAAAAAAUUGAUGUUGGAAAAGCUUGGAUUGAAAAUAGAAAUAAAGAAGUUCCAUUUGCGCCGACAAAAGAGCAAGUUUCAAGCUUAUAUCACAACAGUCAUAGACUAGUGAGUCUCAGAAGAUCGGCCAGGGCAUUACUAAUGAGUCCUGAAAUCUCUCUAGUCUUCCAGAAAUUGACCAUGCAGAUUGAAAAGAAACUAAUAGCUAUCAGGACUGAUCGAAAUCUCCAUUUGGAUGUAGGGUUGCAGAAGAUUAUCAUGGAAUUGUUAUUGUCCUAUAACCCCCUGUGGCUGCGCAUCGGUCUCGAAGCCAUCUACGGCCUUAUUUUACCCUUGAAAUCAAACAGUGAUAUAGAAGGCCUCACUACGUUCAUUAUUCAGAGGAUGUUCAAAAAUCCUUUUCUCAAGAACAAACAUUCAAAAAUAAGUGCACCAAACAUGUUACUCCCCGCUUAUAUGGAAGCUAUUAAGAAGUUUACUUUAAAGAAAUUCUUUAUGUUGGUGUACUUUUUAGACCAAGCCAAACAAAGGAAACUCAUAUCGCAUGACCCUUGUCUAUUUUGCAGAAAUGCUAUCUGCAAAGAAAGCAGAGAAAUUAUAAUAAGAUUCACUAGGGAAGUGAUAGCCGGUAUUGGCGAUAUUACAAAACAUUUGAGACCACUGGGCUAUGUCGUAAGUCACAAGCAAUCUUAUUUAGACGAAUACAAAUAUGCGGUUCAUAACAUAGCUUUGGAUAUAAGAGAUGGGGUAAGACUGGUGAAAGUUAUGGAGAUAAUUUUAAUAAAAGAAGGCCUAUUGAGCCAACUGCGAACGCCUGCGAUAUCGCGACUACAAAAGAUUCAUAAUGUUCAAGUCGCUCUAAAUGCACUGAAGGAGUCAAAUUUUGUUAUUCACGGUGAUAUCACAGCUACUGACAUAGCUGAUGGACAUAGAGAAAAGACAUUGUCUUUACUGUGGCAAAUCAUUCACGUUUUUCGCGCCCCACUUUUCGAGAAAGCUGCAAAUAUUAUUCAAACUUGGUGGCGAAAAAAAUACGAAGUCAUUUUCGAAAAGAAAACUGAAGCUGCAAAAGUUAUUCAGAAACGUUUUAGAUUUAUUAGAGAAGGACGAAAAAUACAGAUCAGCUAUCAGAACUUGAGGAAAUCGGUCAUUUUUGUUCAACGUAGGUAUCGCGAGAAUAAAAUAGCUCGUGUUAAUAGACGAAAUGAGGCUGCACGUAAAAUACAAAAUUGGUACGUAGCUACACGAAAACGUAACGAAUGCCGUCAAAAUUUCAUAAAAAUAAAACAGACCGUAACAAUGAUACAGUCUAUAGUCCGAAUGCAUAUCGUUCGCAAGAGAUUUAUUAUUGUAAGGAACGCCACAUUGUGCAUUCAGAGAUUUUACCGUUCUUACAAAAUUACCACUAUUGAGAGACAAAAGUAUCUUAAAACUAGAGAUUAUAUCAUAAAAUUGCAAAGCUAUAUCAGAAGAUUUAUUGCAAGAACACGUUACUGUAAAAUGCUCGCUGCUGUAAAAACGAUUCAGGCCGUUUACAGAGCUAAGAGGCAAUGGAAGCUUUUACAAAAACUUCGUAUGGAAGCAGCAAUAUGUUUACAAAAAUAUACGCGGCGAUACAUUGUCCGUUCACAAUAUCUGCAAUAUUUAGAAAAAGUUAGAUACGUCCAGACAACAUGGAGGCAAAAAGUGCAUACAAGAAGUGUCCGUGGUAAGUUUUUACAAACCAGAAAACUUGUAAUUAAAUGUCAAUCCAUCGUAAGAGGGUACUUGGCGAGGAAACACAUUCAUGUCAGAAAUGAAGCUGCGCGAAAAAUACAAGAGUGGUACAAAGCUACCAAGAAACGUAAUGAUUGUGUACAUGAGUUUAAGACACUAAAAAAGACAGUAACGGUUAUACAGAGUAUAAUCCGAAUGACCAUUGUUCGCAAAAGAUUUAUCAGGAUUAGAAAAGCUACGUUGUAUAUACAGACAUAUUGGCGUUCCUACAGACUAAUGAAGAUUGAAAGGCAAAAAUAUAUUCAAAUAAGAUAUUCUGUAACAAAAUUACAAAGCUAUACUAAGACCUUUAUUGAAAGAAAACGCUACUGUAAACUACUCUCUGCUGUGAGAACUAUUCAAGCUACUUACAGAUUCAAAAGGCACAUGAGACUUUUACAGCAACGCAGAACAGAAGCAGCAAUAUGUUUGCAGAAAUAUGUAAGGCAGUAUGUAACUCGUUUACGGUUUCUGGAAUAUAAAGAAAGGGUUUUAUACGUGCAGAGAAUAUGGAGGGCCAAAUUGCUAACAAGGCAGCUCCGCAUUCUCAACCAAAAUAAGGCUGCCUGCAAGAUACAACAAUGGUAUAUAGCUACGAAAAAACGUAACAGUUGUCGCCAAGAAUUUUUAGCUCUGAGAAAAACAGUUACAAUUAUACAAUCUUUAGUCCGAAUGCAUAUUGUUCGCAAACGAUUUGUUAUUGUAAGAAACGCUACAUUGUACAUUCAAAGAUAUUACCGCUCUUAUAAACUAAUGACAAUUGAGAGACAAUUUUAUCUUAAAAAGAAGCAGUCGAUUAUAAAAUUACAAAGUUACGUUAGGGCCUACAUUCAAAGAAAACGUUUCCGUAAAUUAGUCUCCGCUGCGAUAAAGGUCCAGGCCGCUUAUAGAGAUAAAAGGCAAAGGAAACUUAUACGCCAACGUAAUACGGACGCAGCAGUAUGUUUACAGAAAUAUGCGAGACGUUAUCUUGCUCGUUCAAGAUAUUUGCAAUCUUACCAAAAGAUUGUUUUGAUACAGAAACAAUGGAGAGCGAAGUUGCUCACAAGACAACUCCGCAUUCUGAAACAGAACGUGGCUGCCUGUAAAAUACAACAUUGGUACAGAGCUACGAAAAAACGUGAUACAUGCCGCCAAGAAUUUUUGACACUGAAAAAGACCGUCAUAUAUAUACAAUCGAAAGCCAGGAUGUGUAUGGUUCGUAAUAGAUAUGUUAUUACAAGAAAUGCUGCAUUAUGCAUUCAGAGGUUUUACCGCUCUUACAAACUAACAACAUUUGAGAGACAAAAAUAUCUUAAAACAAAAUUUUAUGUUAUAAAGUUACAAAGCUACAUAAGAAGAUUUAUUGCCAGAAAAUGUUUCUGCAAAUUACGCUCAUGCGUGAUUAUAAUUCAAGCCGCUUACAGAGCUAAACUACAAAGACAACGUGAACAGAAACGUAGAACGGAGGCAGCGAUAUGUUUACAGAAAUAUACGAAACGAUUUAUAGUGAGGGCGCGAUACCUGCAAUACCUGCAGAAAGUUCUUUACGUACAGAGAACAUGGAGAGGCAAAUUACUCACAAGACACAUCCAGAAUUUGAAACAGAAUGAAGCUGCAAGUCAAAUACAACAAUGGUACAGAGCUAUAAAAAAACGGGACAUUUGUCGCCAAGACUUUUUAUUAUUAAAAAAGACCGUGACGUUCAUACAGUCUUUAGUGCGAAUGCGUAUUGUUCGCAAGAAAUUUGUUAUAACUAGAAGUGCCAUAUUAUGUAUACAGAGAUAUUACCAUGCUUACAAAAUUGCAAUGGUUCAGAGAGAAAACUAUCUUCAUAUAAGAUACUGCAUAAUAAAAGUACAAAGCUUUAUCAGAAGCUUUAUUGCACGAAAACGCUAUAACAAGUUGCGCUCUGUUGUAGUUAGAUUACAAAGAGCUUUCAAAGCAAAAAAAGAAAUGAAAGCUAUGCAGCAACGUAAAAUAACAGCAGUAAUAUGUUUACAAAAAUAUACUAGACGAUAUAUAGUUCGUUCGCAACACAAGAAAAGGAUUAUUAUCAAAUUUCAGUCUAUUUUAAGAGGUUAUUUAGUAAGAAAAUACAUUCAGGCUAAGAAGGAAGUUAUUCUAAAAGAAAAAGAGGAGCAGAAACGUAACGUGGCUGCUUCCAAAAUACAGGCACUUUGUCGCGGCCAUUUGGCAAGAAAGAGUAUGGCUCAUGAUAAGCGAGUAUCCGAACUGCGCCAUAGAUGGCGUGAUGGCGGGUUGAAAUCAAAUCAGGAGUCCAUGAAAGAGCGCAACGAGGAAGCAAUGGAGGUGCUGCGUAAUAUUAGUGGUAUUGAAACUGUGAUCAAAGCUUUUAGAUCUCUUGAAUUGCUUACUGAAGUAUUUCCUAUGUUGUACAACGACAAUGCUUCGGCCAUUGUACACAGAGUCUACACGUACAUGUCGGUGACAAACAGAUCAAUUUCUAGCAUAGAAGUGUUGAAGUCUGCGGCGGCGGUUCUUGUUAACUUAACUCGGUAUAAAGUUACGGGACCAAAAAUUUAUUUGAGAGAUCGUAUACCACCCAUAUUAAAGUUUAUGUGGAGGUUCAGCAAUAGCGAAACACAGUUGUUCUCUAUAAUGGCGACAUAUUUAUGGCUGUUCUCCAAAUAUGAAAACAUCAAGAAGGACUUGACCGAACUUCUCAAGAUACCAGAUAAUCACCGAAUGCUGUUAACAAUCAAAGGUAAUGUUGACAGAAGUAAAAGAAUGUCGACAAAUGUUAUGAAGAACAAGUUUCAUACACCGCAAACCUCAAAAUUCGUUUCAAAGAACCAGUCUAUGAACAGGAGUGUUUGCAGUGUAGGAAACGUCGAUAUUGUAUUGCCGGCUUUAGAACCAGAUUACGGCAUUGUACGAAUUGACAAACCGAGGUAUUUUGAAGACGCCCAGGAAGCCAUUAAUUGUUUAUUCCUCACUUACAAGUUGUGA